GUUUGAACUCUCAUUUCAAACCAAUGGUGUGCUGCAAAACUAUCAUCGCUUUGGCCUGGAUGGCCAUCGCUGCAGGCGUGACUGAGGCUUUGCCCAGCACGGGAUAUUUGUCUUGUCGGUAUCGAAGACAGACUUAUACCCAGGGACAGAGAGUUACAGGGCAAACACUAACUUGCAUAUGCUCGAAUGGCAAAUGGAUCAGUUGUGUCGGGAACAAUGGGAAUGGCAACUACCAAAACAACAACAAUAGCUAUCUAAACAACGACCAAAACAACAAUCAGAACAAUAACAAUAACAAUGAUGGUAACCAGGUGGAUAUGGAGAUGGAGGAAGAGCCAGAAUACUUCCCACCCAUCGGCUUGAAUGAGCAAUUGGAUGCGCUAAGAUACAAACGCAGUGCCGGUAGACAGUGA